CGAAAAACAGAUAGCAACCCAACACCUAACCUCACUUCCCUAGUUCCCUUUUCUUGUUUAAAAAUCCCAUCUCUCAUAUCUCUUUUACUUCACCUUUCUCCAUCCUCCAUACACAUAAACAGCAACAAAAAAAGAGCUGAGAAAAAUGGUGAACUUGGUAGAAGCACAGAAACCUUUGUUGCAUGGUUUAAUGAAAAUGGCUGGAAUCAAACCUCGUAGUAUAGAGAUAGAACCAGGCACUAUUAUGAACCUUUGGGUUCCUUCUGAAACCAUAAAAAACCCAAAGAAAAACAAGAAAAUCACCACAACUACUCCUUUCUCCAAUAACCAAUGUGCCACCUCCCCUGAAACCACCACAAAACCUGACCCCACCAAACCCGUAGUCGUACUAGUCCACGGCUUCGCUGGUGAAGGAAUUGUCACGUGGCAAUUCCAAGUUGGCGCAUUGACUAAGAAAUACUCUGUUUACGUACCGGACCUACUUUUCUUCGGUGGCUCAGUAACUGAUAGUGAAGAUAGAUCACCUGGUUUUCAAGCUGAGUGUUUGGGUAAAGGGCUAAGGAAAUUGGGUGUGGAAAAGUGUAUAGUGGUUGGGUUUAGUUAUGGUGGAAUGGUGGCGUUUAAGAUGGCUGAAAUGUACCCUGAUUUAGUUGAGGCCUUAGUGAUCUCUGGUUCUAUUUUGGCCAUGACUGAUUCUAUUAGCACUUCGACGCUAAAUGGUUUGGGAUUCUCUUCUUCUUCUGAGCUGCUGCUGCCUACUUCUGUUAAGGGUCUUAAGGCACUUCUUAAAGUAGCUGCUUAUAAGAAACUUUGGUUCCCUGAUCGCCUUCACAGGGACUUUCUUGAGGUAAUGUUCACCAACAGAAAAGAAAGAGGAGAACUGCUAGAAGGCUUGGUAGUGAGCAACAAAGAUACCAAUAUUCCAAAUUUUCCACAGAGAAUACAUCUCCUCUGGGGUGAGAAUGAUCAAAUAUUCAAUUUGGAGCUUGCUCAGAACAUGAAAGAUCAACUAGGUGACAAGACUACAUUUCAUGGCAUAGAGAAGGCAGGGCAUCUGGUUCACCUAGAGCGACCUUGCGUCUACAACAGGUGUCUCAAGCAGUUUCUUACUUCCCUGCAUGCAGAAAAAUCCCAAUACUGAAGGACAUUACCACAAAUUUCACUAUCUAAUACCAUGUAAUUUUUGUCUUCUUAUCAGAAGGAAAAGAACUUCGUAUUUCCUCUGUAAUAUUAGUUAUAUAAUUCGGGGUUCAGAAUCAAAAUUGAUGCUUUAA